CACCCACGCGCUCGAUCCACCGCAGGUCCUCAGCCCUCUGCUGACGCUUCCGUGUACGGCCUCUGGCAAGCGGCGACGAUGCAGCAGCCAGUCCGGCCGCUCGCCGUGAGCGCCGCCGGAGGAGGCGGAGGGUUCUCGGCGGUUCGUCCCCGUUCCUUGCGCGAGUGGAGGGGGAGGAUGUGUCGCAAGGUUGUCAGCUUCUCGUCUUCGGGGAAGGGGGGCGAGGAGAAGGCGGCGCCGGGCGAGACGCCGGAGGAGGCGCGGCGGCGGCUGGCGGAUCUUGACGCGCUGCUGGAGGGGCUGGUCGAGCCCAAGAUGCGCCCGCCGACGCCACCUCCUCCUCCAGACCCGUACUUGGACCGAGACAUGAUAAUGGGGCGGGGAUCCAGUGAUGAACUACCGGAGAUAUCUCCAACAUACGUAGCAUUCUCGACGCUGGCACUUGUUAUCCUCACGGUAUUCACCAACGUCAUGUUCAAUCUGUACAUCAAACCUUCUGUUGACGGCGUCGAUCAACCCGCAAGAAUUCAGAGAGUGCCUCUAGUAAAUCCAGCAGAUCAGCAAUUCGAGUAGCUUCCGCACAGGAUACAGUUCUAUUAUGGUGAGAGAAGAUAAAUGCUUUUUGUAAAUGGAAACGAUGGAAUGUUAAAUUGUGUGUCUCCCCUGACUCUAGCUUCUUACUAGUUUUCUCAAAUGAACUCCCCUGUCCAAAGAUGCAUCAGCCCAGAAAGCUUUUAAUACAUGCUGACUGGUAGCUUUGACGUGUCUUC